AUGGCCAACCAGUGUUCCGGGCAUGUCUUCGCCAUCGUGCAAGCGACGAACGGCAACAUCCUGACCUGGCGCUGCUCCGACUGCAACUCGGGCCCCUUUGUGGCUAUCUGGCGCUGCAAGAUCUGCGGCCAUUGUCGGUGCAAUGCUUGCCACAAUGCCAAGGCGUGA